AUGCCGCCUCCAUCAUCACCCUCGGAAUCGCUGACUGAGAAUCGCGGUCAGAAUCAUCAGCAGCAAGAGCAGCAGCAAGCACGAACUUCGCAGAGGAGAUUUCGUAACGCCUCGAAUGAUUUCCCAACUUUGAACUCAUUAAACGUUGUAUCCGAUCUUAUGUUGCGGGACAACAGUUCAAGGCUGGAGACAAACGAGGAGAACUUAUUCAGAGCUCGUAUACUAAGUCAUUUCAAUGAUAUACAUAGACUACAAAAUCACUUCAACAGAUUAGUCAAUCGAGACGGCAGUCAUACAAGUUUAACAUUGAAUAAUAUACCAUCGCAGUUGAGAAAUUUCUCCAGAGAGUUGUCACGGUCAAGACGCAGGGAGGCGUAUUUAGUUGAGACAAGCGGGGAAGAUGAGGAUGAAGACGAUCAAAGUUUCCACUAUGACGACGCGGGGUUGGUCUACUAUUCCGACGAGGACAUCAACAACGAGGAUGAAAUGAGCGAGAAUGACGAAGAAGCUUUGGAGCUGCUCAUGGAAGGAACCACUUUUGUGCCCAACGAGAGACUCUUAUUGACUACUGCCAGAAGCCCCCAGGAAAACCGACCCACGAGUGUUCCACUAAGGCGGCAGAAUGCAAUACGCAUAAGAAGUAUGCUAAAUGAAGAGGAUGGUCUCGGGGCUGCAAAACAUCAGGUUCCGAAAGCUUACACGCAACUUGACACGGAAGCGAAAUUGUUGCAAAGAGAAAUUCAUUUGGUUUUGGAAACUAUGCUGAGCAAAAGGAAAUCUUCUCCCUUGUUUCCCACCGAUAUUCACAACCCAUUCAGUAUUCGCUAUUUUGCUAGCUUGAAAAACCACAUGCAAGGGAGUCUGCUUGACGGCAAUAAAAAUGCGGACCAAAUGAUGGACGAGUUUUUGUGGAAACGAAUCCACAAGAUGCUCUUCCUUGAAAGAGCAUUGCCCGCCCCACCAGUUUCAAAAAAGAGAGCCAAAAGUGAGAAAGGACCAAGUUACAAACGUCAGAAGACAAACCAGGUUGAAAGCAAGGCAGGGGACUUGAGUAUCCCUUCAUAUCCGUAUCUCGGUAUUGAUAAAAGUGUAUUGGUGGAUGGUUUACAGUCGAGUUAUUUUCAAUCAGGAUCUAAUUAUCAUGUGAGUCUUGGUUGCUCCGAACCUAAUUCAUGCGAUAUGAAGGUAGUCAGUGUCACUUCGGGUGUAGAGGGUGUUUUCAAUUUGGAGCCAGAAGGCAACUUAGAGUCACUACUUCUCAAAAUGCAUAAUUUUGCAAAGUUUUUUUGUGGCAUGUCAAACAAUUCGUAUCAGCUACCGCAAAACAAAAUCCUAAUUAGAAAGUUGAAUGUGUUGGACCGCAUAUCGGUGGAUGACAACGUGUGCUUCAAGAAACUCCAAGUUAAUGCAGUGCAUAUUCCGUUUGAAGGGAGAGUAGUUGACUUUAGGAACAACGAUUUGAGAUUUUUAAGCCUGGAGAGACCAUUGUCUGCGAGAUUCAGCUCCAAUAAGGUCAAGGUGCAACUCUGUGAAUGGAUGAAAAUCAAUCCUUUUGUUCAAUUUCGGGAAACAUUUUUCUAUAACUUUCUUCAACACUUGGACCAGGAUUUGGCCAAAUUUCCUGAUAUUCAAAUCAGAAAGUCAAAGAAAACAGAGGCUCUACAUUUGACAAGGGAGUUCAAGUCAAAUCUCCCCGAAAUCACCAAAUACUUUGCACCAGCCUCAGAAAAAGUUGACAAGAGAAGGUCGAGGAGGCACAAUGAUAUCUUUGUGGAAGACUGGGAAAGAAAUUUAUCAUUGAAGUUGGCAGAGAUUGUCACCAGAGAAGAUUGCCAUACUCUAAUUAACUUGCAGCUAAAUUACGCCUUGUUUACUCUCGAGGUUGAUAUAUCAAAGUACUUGGACACAUUUAUCAACACCAUCUUAGACCACGGCGAAGGUAAAUACAUCGACAACUAUAGAAAAGUCUACAACAACAUCCUAAAGGAUGAAACGGAAAACACAAAAGCCAACCUCCUUUGUUCAGUCAAUAAAAAAACCGGCAAGUUGGAAAUUCACAACACUUUCUCUCAUUUGCAUUACAGGCACGCGGCUAGAUAUUCCACUGGUAUCAUACUAACAACCAACCCAUUUCUCAAUGAAAACACAGGAAGAAAUACGUAUGUUUACGACGAUUUUGAUUUGUUCGAAGAGGAGCCAGCUCCAGUCAACUCAGACACAUUCAACAAACGGUUCUUCGAAAAUGAGCCAGAGCAUGUUGUUGAUAAACUUACAGGAUACGCCACUUCCAACCUACCAGUAUUCGAUACAGUAUAG